CUGCCUUCGUCCCACUUCCCUUCCUCGCUGGAGAGACGCCACAUCUGACAGGGAGGGAGAGACAGACACAACCGCAGGGGAGUGUGAACACCGACACCUCAAGAUGCUGGCACUAAUAAACCGGCUGCUGGACUGGUUCAAGUCUCUGUUUUGGAAGGAGGAGAUGGAGCUGACGCUGGUCGGCCUCCAGUACUCGGGGAAAACUACAUUUGUAAACGUGAUCGCUUCUGGGCAUUUCAGUGAAGACAUGAUCCCUACAGUCGGGUUCAAUAUGAGGAAGGUCACCAAAGGAAACGUCACCAUCAAGAUCUGGGAUAUAGGGGGGCAGCCGAGGUUCAGGAGCAUGUGGGAGCGGUACUGUCGGGGAGUAAAUGCAAUCGUGUACAUGGUUGACGCAGCAGAUCGAGAAAAGGUGGAGGCUUCUAGAAACGAGCUUCAUAAUUUAUUAGACAAACCUCAGUUGCAAGGAAUUCCUGUUUUGGUACUCGGUAACAAAAGGGAUCUCCCCACUGCUCUAGAUGAAAAACAGCUCAUUGAGAAAAUGAAUUUGGCAGCUAUUCAGGACAGAGAGAUAUGCUGCUACUCUAUUUCCUGCAAAGAGAAAGACAACAUUGACAUCACACUUCAGUGGCUCAUCCAGCACUCAAAGUCCAGGAGGAGCUGAAAACGCAGGCGCUGUUUUCCAACCGUGUUUGCCAUGUUACUGUCAUGCCACACCCUCGUCACUCUGCCAUGAUGUAAAGUCGUAUCUUCAGUUCACAUGCUGCUCUGUUCUGCUUGUGACACACAAGUUUGUUUUCUUUCCCCCCUUUUCACCUUGUGAUUCUUCUCACAGACCCUGAGAAUGCACUACUAAAAAUGUGAUACCAAAUUUAAGGAUUGUCAUUGGCAUUAAUCGUCCUGUAAAGCUGUACUUUAACUUGGAGUCAGAACCUAAUUUUGGAUCUACCGUUUAUCAUUAAGGCAUUACCCAGUUGAUCAUACCCAGUGGUUUAUAACACUAAUCUUGGGUAUGCAACAACAGACCUGCACGUCCACCCUGAUGUGGAUGUGCAGGUGUUCCCAUUUCUGUCAAGCUCUACUCUGUGAUUCUUUAACGAUGGUCUCCUUUCACUCGAUCAGGUUUUCUUCUCUCAAGAACAUGUCUAUUGUUUUAGUAAACUGUGCAUUUAAGCAAGUCAAUUGAUGCAGGUCUGUACAAAUAUCAAGCUAGUAUGAUUUUUACUGAUGUGAGAUGUGCGUGUAUGAAUAUAUGAUUCUAUUUAAAGUCUGAAUGUACUAAAAGUAAAGCUGUACGGGGUUGUGUGGUUCAUAUUGGCCUCUGUUUGUAAGUAGCCUCAGUGGUAUGAUGUCGUUUGUGCUGCCUCGAAGCUGAGAGAGUGGCAAAUUUCAAAGUGCCUAAUGCAGUGUCUCUCACCUCUGAAGCAAAGCAGCAUGCAAGGUGUGCCUACCUGGGAAGAGUUUAAAAAACACCAAUAUAUUCAAGAAAUAAAAAGGCAUGCUUUUUAAUUUA